AUGGCUUUUCGACAACGCUUCGCAAAGCCCAUCCUCUACACCACAUCCGUCGUGGCCCUCGGAGGCGGGUUCCUCUACUACUACCGGCCCCGCAACAUUCCUGGCGCGGAUUCCGCCGUCGUUCCUCCCCCGAAUCACGAAGCUGGAUCAUUCUCCCCGCCUCGCUUUCCCAAGGUGAAGUCGAGAGAUGAACAGAUCGCAGACCUGAAGCGGAGCGGGGGCUCCAAGGGCUCCGUCACUUCCUUGCUGCCGAAUGCGGAUGCGGCUGCGCCACAGAAUGAUGGGGAUAUAUAUGAUCUGCUCGUCAUCGGCGCCGGUGCAACAGGCGCGGGGAUCGCGUUGGAUGCUGCCACGCGAGGGUUGAAGGUCGCGAUUGUGGAGAGGGAUGAUUUCUCCAGCGGGACGAGUAGUAAGAGUACCAAGUUGGUGCACGGUGGAGUCCGGUACCUCGAGAAGGCGGUUUGGGAAUUGGAUUACAAUCAAUAUAAACUGGUCAAGGAGGCGUUGCGGGAAAGGAAAUACUUCUUAGACACGGCGCCGCAUUUGAGUUCGUGGUUACCCAUCAUGCUGCCGUUGGACAAGUGGUGGAAGGCGCCAUAUUACUGGGUUGGCACGAAAUGCUACGAUAUGUUGGCUGGCUCAGAGGGCAUUGAGACAUCAUACUUUCUGACCAAGUCGAAAGCCCUGGACGCUUUCCCUAUGCUCAAGAAGACGGAUCUGGUGGGAGCUCUGGUAUACUACGAUGGUGCACACAAUGAUUCACGCAUGAACGUUUCGCUGGCUAUGACAGCUGCGCUAUACGGUGCUACAGUAGUCAACCACGUGGAAGUCACCUCUUUAGAGAAAGAUGCUGAGGGCAAGCUCUGCGGAGCUCGGGUGAAAGAUCUCAUCGCCGAGAAGAAUGGAAAAAAGGCAGAUGAAUUCAACAUCCGUGCCCGGGGCAUCAUCAACGCUACUGGUCCCUUCACCGACUCGAUCCGCAAGAUGGAUGACCAAAAUGUCAAAGAGAUCGUCGCCCCCUCCUCUGGUGUUCACGUCGUGCUCCCUGGCUAUUACAGCCCACAAAAGAUGGGGCUCAUUGACCCCAAGACUUCAGAUGGGAGAGUCAUCUUCUUCCUACCCUGGCAAGGCAACACCAUUGCGGGGACGACCGAUGCGCCCACUGAAAUCUCUCAGAAUCCCGUGGCGGGCGAGGAUGAGAUCGACUGGAUCUUGUCCGAGAUCCGCCACUACCUCUCCCCCGACAUCAAUGUGCGACGCGGUGACGUCCUGGCCGCUUGGUCUGGUAUCCGUCCCCUGGUGAAGGACCCGAACGCCAAGAACACAGAAUCCCUCGUGCGAAACCACCUCAUCAAUAUCUCUCCCUCCGGUCUCCUAACCUGUGCUGGAGGUAAAUGGACAACCUACCGACAGAUGGCUGAAGAAGCUGUAGACGAGGCCAUCAAGACAUUCAAAUUACAACCAAAACCAGUCACCAACGCCCCCGAUGUCAGCGGAACAGAAAUGGUUAACGACGGCGCCCGCCUCGACGGCUCCUGCCAGACUCACCAAGUCAAGUUGGUUGGCGCGCACGGAUUCUCCAAAACCCUCUUCAUAAACCUCAUCCAACACUUCGGCGUAGAAACCGACGUAGCCAAACACCUCACUGAAUCAUACGGUGACCGCGCCUGGACGGUGGCAGCCCUGAGCAGCCCAACCGAGAAACGCUUCCCCGUCCGCGGCGAGCGCAUAAGCAAUCUUUACCCCUUCGUAGACGGUGAAGUCCGCUACGCCGUGCGCCACGAAUACGCCCAGACCGCCGUCGAUGUCAUCGCGCGCCGCAUGCGUCUCGCUUUCCUGAACGCCCAAGCUGCGCUCGAAGCCCUGCCCAAGGUCAUCGAUAUCAUGGCUAAGGAACUCUCAUGGGAUGCGCACAGGAAGGAUGUCGAGUGGACUGAUUCGGUCAAAUUCCUUGAAUCCAUGGGUCUUCCAAAAUCCAAGCUUGGAGCUACGAGACAGCAGGUCGAGAGCGGCAAGUUGCCAUUCCGUGACAACAUCGAGUACAAGAUGUAUUCGCGCCACGACCAGCCAGCCGACGAGCUCGCGUCCGAUCUGGGAAGCGUGAAGGGCAUCACGCUUGGGAGCGAGGCCAAGAACUAA